ACGAAAGACGCGCCGGUGGACUUUUCUCGUGCCGUGACAGCCGCGUCAGCCGCGACUCUGACCAAACAGCGAACAAAGUUGGACCAAUUCCUCUUCCGCUGCUCAUCUUCCUCGUCCGAUGUCUUACUUCCUUCCACACCAGGAGCACGAGAACAGACACGACCACCACCCACCGCCGUCCACUUCCACCACGAGCUCCCACUCUCCCCGCCCGCCACGAACGCUCCGCCGAAAAGGGCCGCUUGCACGCUCCUCCGUCGUCCCGACCGAUGAGCAGCGAAUCGCGGCAAAUGGUCUCCUCCGCCAUCGCAGCCCAGUCUCUCCUCCUCCUCCCCCUCCUCCUCUUCCUCCCGCUCCUCUUCCUCUGCUCGCCGGUCUCUGCUCAAGUCUCCCCUGGCUCGACCCUCUACGCCUCCCGCGUCAACCAGUCCUGGUCCUCCCCGAACCAGGCCUUCUCCCUCGGCUUCGUCGCCGCCGCCACCGACCCCUCCUCCUUCCUCGCCGCCAUCACCUACGCCGGCGGCCCCACCGUCGUCGUCUGGUCCGCCGGCGGCUCCGCCGUCGACUCCUCCGGCGCCCUCCAGUUCCUCUCCACCGGCAACCUCCGGCUCGUCAAUGGGUCGGGCGCCACCGUCUGGGAGUCCAACACGACCGGCAGGGGAGUGACCUCAGCAAAUCUUGAUGACACCGGCAACUUGGUGCUCCGGAACGGCACGUCUUCGGUCUGGUCGUCGUUCGAUCACCCGACCGACACGAUCGUACCCUCGCAGAAUUUCACAGUCGGUCAGACGCUGCGAAGUGGGCGGUACUCCUUUAAUCUUUUGAGCUCUGGUAAUUUGACCCUUCGGUGGAAUACUAGUAUUGAGUAUUGGAAUCAAGGGGUGAAUUCGUCGAUCCAGGGGAAUCUGACUGCUCCCACCCUGGGUUUGCAGUCUACAGGUAUUCUGUACAUAUCUGACCCUUCUUUGAGUAGUUAUGCAAUCAUUGCUUACAGUAGUGAUUACGCGGAAGGGAGCGACAUUUUAAGGUUUCUGAGGUUGGAUCCUGAUGGGAAUUUGAAGAUUUUUAGCUCAGCGAGGAAUAGUGGGAGUAAGAACUUGAGGUGGGCAGCUGUUGAUCAGUGCGAGGUCUUUGGGUUCUGUGGGAAUCUGGGUAUUUGCAGUUACAACGACUCGACCCCAAUGUGCAGGUGCCCGAGCCAGAAUUUCGAGCCAAUCGAUCCGAACGAUAGCAGAAAAGGUUGUAAGAGGAAAGUAAACAUAGAGGAUUGUCCGGGGAGUGCGACUAUGUUGGAACUGGAUCAUGCUUCGUUCUUGACCUACCCGCCUGAGCUGUCCUCACAAGUUUUCUUUGUGGGUAUAUCGGCAUGUAGGUUGAAUUGUCUUGUGAGUGGUUCUUGUAUGGCUUCAACUUCAUUAUCCGAUGGGACAGGGCUGUGUUACUUGAAAUCUGUGAAUUUUGUCAGUGGUUAUGAGAAUCCGGCAUUGCCGAGCACAUCAUACGUCAAAGUUUGUGGCCCAGUAGUUCCGAACCCAUCAUCUCUGGAGGGAACCGGCAAAAACAAGGGAUGGAGACUACAUGCUUGGGUGGUAGUGGUUGUGGUUUUGGCUACAGUUCUUGGUUUAAUCCUCUUAGAAGGUGGUCUGUGGUGGUCGUGUUUUAGAAAUAGUACGAAGUUUGGUGCAUUGUCAUCUCAUUAUACACUCCUUGAGUAUGCCUCCGGGGCACCAGUCCAGUUCACGUACAAAGAGCUUCAAGGAGCAACUAAAGGGUUCAAGGAGAAACUGGGUGCCGGAGGAUUUGGGGCUGUUUAUAGAGGAGUCCUUACUAAUAGAACGGUCGUUGCGGUUAAGCAGCUAGAGGGAAUUGAACAAGGGGAGAAGCAAUUCAGGAUGGAGGUGGCAACCAUAAGUAGCACGCACCAUUUGAAUUUGGUGCGGUUGAUCGGCUUUUGCUCGGAGGGACGUCACAGGCUCUUAGUCUAUGAGUUCAUGAAAAAUGGUUCUCUGGAUGAUUUCCUCUUUACUAGUGAAGAAAAUUCAGGGAAGUUGUUGAAUUGGGAGCAACGGUUUAAAAUCGCCCUGGGGACUGCAAGGGGAAUCACCUAUCUCCACGAAGAAUGUCGAGACUGCAUUGUUCAUUGUGACAUAAAACCCGAGAAUAUUCUUUUGGAUGAAAAUUACAACGCCAAAGUGUCUGAUUUCGGCCUCGCAAAGCUCAUAAACGCCAAGGAUCACCGGUACCGCACCUUGACGAGCUUGAGAGGCACGAGAGGUUAUUUGGCACCUGAGUGGCUGGCGAAUCUCCCGAUAACUUCCAAAUCAGACAUCUACAGUUAUGGGAUGGUCUUGUUGGAAAUAGUGAGUGGGAGAAGGAAUUUUGAUGUUUCCGUCGAAACCAACAAUAAGAAAUUCUCCAUGUGGGCUUAUGAGGAGUUUGAGAAGAGCAAUGCUGAGAACAUUAUAGACAAGAGGCUGUUUGGUGCUGAUCAAGAUUUAAACAUGGAGCAAGUAAUGAGGGCAAUCCAGAUCUGUUUCUGGUGCAUCCAGGAACAACCAUCGCAUAGGCCGACUAUGGGGAAAAUUCUGCAGAUGCUUGAUGGGAUUACGGAGAUUGAGAGGCCACCUCCUCCGAAGGCAGCAGUUGAUGGGUCCCAUAGCGGAAGCAGCAUCAAUGUCAGUAGUAAUAUAAGCGCACUCUCGACAUUCGCAGCUUCAGUUCCUCCUCCAUCAUCUUCGUCUCGCCAAACUUCUGGAGUUUCGCCUGUUACUUCAGGAAGAAAUUUAGAAAAGGCAUCCUCAUCCCAUCUUAACUCAGAUUCAAAGUGAAGCACUCAAUAGCACGUGAUAAUUUUUAUAAGAUGGAGUGAGCUCUGGAAGGAAUUUAUAUUCAAUUUGUAUCUUAGUUGUACACUGCCUCUUUGUAAAAUGUCUUGUUAUACCAGCAAAGCUGGCUGUGGGUAGAGGAGCAUCUUAAGUCUUGCGUGUGUAUAUUUUCUUCAUCACCUGAAACUGUGUAUUCCACAUUGAUAGCUAUAAAACAUUUGAGCAUUUGUUUC